AUGGACGAGCUGUUUGACGUAUUUGAGGACCAGCCUCAGGCCCCCAAGGCGGGAGAGGCGCCCCGACCGCGGCUGAGGAAAGACAAGAGCAAGAAGCGCCAGAUGAAUGGCGACGUGAAGGAGAAUGGACAGGAGGACAGCGAGAUGGCUGAGGCGCCCGCGGCCGAGACUUUGACGCCUGUGGAAGAUGGAGUGGAUGGGCCCGCGUCAGAGAAGGAGCAGCAACAACCUGAAGCGAAGCGGUUGCGCCUAGACCAGGCGCCCGAGCCUGUUGUGGCCGAUACAUUCGAGACGGCGCAAGAACGCGAAGUAGAAGUUUCGGCGGGCCUGCAGGGGACUAAGGAGGCAGCGUCGAUGGUGCUUUCUCACCAGGUGCGACAUCAGGUUGCGCUCCCACCCAACUACCCGUACACGCCCAUCUCGCAGCACGUUCCGCCGGAGAACCCAGCCAGGACAUGGCCCUUCACGCUGGAUCCGUUCCAGCAGGUGGCAGUCCAUUCGAUCCAGAGGGAAGAGAGUGUUCUUGUCUCUGCUCAUACCAGUGCUGGAAAGACGGUCGUGGCGGAGUACGCGAUUGCACAGAGUUUGAAAAACAACCAGAGAGUUAUCUACACGAGUCCGAUUAAGGCCCUGAGCAACCAGAAAUACCGAGAGUUCGCGGCGGAAUUUGGCGACGUCGGUCUGAUGACUGGCGAUGUGACAAUCAAUCCAACAGCUACAUGCUUGGUCAUGACAACAGAGAUUCUUCGUUCAAUGUUAUACCGCGGUUCGGAGAUUAUGCGCGAAGUGGCCUGGGUGGUCUUCGAUGAGAUUCACUACAUGCGUGACGCUACCCGUGGAGUGGUCUGGGAGGAAACCAUUAUCCUACUGCCGGACAAGGUGCGAUAUGUGUUCCUAUCGGCCACAAUCCCCAAUGCCAUGCAGUUCGCCGAGUGGAUUGUGAAGAUGCACAACCAACCCUGCCACGUUGUGUAUACUGAUUUUCGACCGACGCCGCUCCAACACUACUUUUUCCCUGCCGGUGCAGAGGGUAUGCAUUUGAUCGUGGAUGAAAAAGGAGUGUUCCGGGAGGACAACUUCCAGAAGGCCAUGACCUCCAUCGCCGACAAGAAGGGUGAUGACCCGUCUGACCCUAAUGCGAAGCGGAAAGGCAAAGGCAAGGACAAGAGGCUGAACAAGGGUGGCAACAAAGGGCCCUCAGACAUCUUCAAGAUUGUCAAGAUGAUCAUGUUGAGGAGCUACAACCCCGUCAUUGUUUUCAGUUUCAGUAAGCGGGAGUGCGAGGCUGGCGCUCUGAAUAUGGCCACAUUGGCAUUCAACGACGAUUCCGAGAAGGAGAUGGUUUCCAAAGUCUUUGACAGUGCAUUAGAGAUGUUGUCAGAGGAAGAUAGGAGCUUGCCACAGAUCCAAAACAUCCUUCCUCUCCUUCGCCGAGGGAUCGGUGUCCACCACUCCGGUCUACUGCCAAUUCUAAAAGAGACGAUCGAAAUUCUUUUCCAGGAGGGUCUCAUCAAGGUUUUGUUUGCCACAGAGACUUUCUCUAUCGGCCUGAACAUGCCUGCCAAGACCGUGGUCUUCACCAGCGUCCGCAAAUUUGACGGUUUCAGCCAACGUUGGGUCACACCGUCCGAGUUCAUUCAGAUGUCCGGCCGUGCAGGUCGUCGAGGUCUUGAUGAUCGAGGUAUCGUUAUCAUGAUGGUUGGAGAAGAAAUGGACCCUGCGGUAGCAAAGGAGAUUGUCCGGGGAGAGCAAGACCGACUCAAUUCAGCUUUCCACCUAGGCUACAACAUGAUUUUGAACCUAAUGCGUGUCGAAGGCAUCUCGCCAGAGUUCAUGCUCGAACGUUGUUUCUUUCAAUUUCAGAACACUGCCAGUCUAGCUGGACUUGAAAAAGAGCUUCUUGAUGUACAGGAAAAGAGGGCCAACAUCAACAUUACAGAUGAAGGAACUGUCAGAGAUUAUUAUGAAUUGAAGAAACAGAUCGCUGAGCUUGCCAGCGAGGUGCAGCUUGUUAUCAGUCACCCGAAUUAUUGCUUGCCCUACAUUCAACCUGGGCGAAUGGUGCACAUCAAGCACGGCGAAUAUGAUUUCGGUUGGGGCGUUGUUGUCAACUACAAGAAGCGCAAGUCUCCAAAUCCAAACCAGUCGACCGAGGAGCCCGAACCGCACAAGAAAUACAUUAUGGAUGUUUUGCUCAAUAUCGCUGAAGGACCGGCAGUCGGAACCAAAACGUUCGAGGAUCUUCCAUCUGGCGUUAGACCUCCGCAAGGCGAUGAAAAGUCACGAAUGGAGGUUGUCCCUGUUGUGAUGAGCUGUCUCCAAGAGAUUUCGCAUAUCCGCCUGCACACCCCCAAGGAUAUGCAAUCCAGUGAGUCCAAGGACAAAGUGAAGAAGGGACUGCAGGAAGUGAAGCGGCGCUUCCCCGACGGCGUGGCCGUGCUUGACCCGCUUGAAGAUAUGAAGAUCGAGGACGACACUUUCAAGAAGAAGCUUCGCAAGAUUGAAGUGCUCGAGUCCCGUCUGCUCUCAAAUCCGCUGCAUAACUCGCCCCGGCUCUCGGAGCUUUACGAGCUGUACGCCGAGAAGGUAGAACUGGGUGCUCAGGCAAAGGCUAUCAGGAAGAAGAUCGCCGAGGCAACGUCCACUUUGCAGCUUGACGAGCUCAAAUGCCGGAAGCGCGUGCUGCGCCGGUUCGGGUUUAUCAACGAGGCGGAGGUGGUGCAGCUGAAGGCGCGUGUGGCGUGCGAGAUCAGCACGGGUGACGAACUGAUGCUCAGCGAGCUCCUAUUCAAUGGCUUCUUCAAUAAACUUACCCCUGAACAAGCGGCGGCCGUGCUCAGCGUGUUUGUUUUUGAGGAGAAGACCAAGGAGACACCCGCCCUGACCCGCGAUGACCUAGCCAAGCCGCUCAAGGAGAUCCAGGCGCAGGCCCGCAUCAUCGCCAAGGUCUCGCAAGAGUCGAAGCUGGCCGUGAAUGAGGAAGAGUACGUGCAAGGCUUCCACUGGGAACUCAUGGAAGUUAUUUACGAAUGGGCGAAUGGCAAGUCCUUUGCCGAUAUCUGUGGGAUGACCGACGUAUACGAGGGCAGUUUGAUCCGCGUGUUCCGUCGACUGGAAGAGUGUCUCCGACAGAUGGCACAGGCUGCCAAAGUCAUGGGCAACGAGGAGCUGGAGAGCAAGUUUGAGACGGCCCUGACCAAGAUCCGCCGUGACAUUGUCGCUGCCCAGUCUCUCUAUCUGUAA